UAUGCAGUCUUUAUCAAGAGAGAUUAAAUGUGUGAUAAUACCUGUGAAUGGGAAUGAUAUAAUCAUUGGGGCGUAAAAUAGUGCACCUGUAACAUCAUGAAAUUUUUUAGCUUAAUGAGUGCUAUUUUAAUUGCUCUUAUUACUCUUACGAGUAUUUCAGAAGCUGCAGAAAAUGCAAAAAUAGGUCAACCUCUUCUGUGCCAUGGAUGCGUUGCUGUUAUAAAAGAGCUUCAUAAAAUGCUGAAAGAUUCCUCUGGUCGGAAGAAAGCUAUUAAUCAAAGUCUCAACCGUCUUUGUGAAAUCAAUAAUUUUGUUUCAUACACAUUCAGCCCACCAAAGAUGAUAAAAGCCUGUAAUUACAUAAUAGAUGCUCAUAAGCAAGAAUUGGCUGAAAACUUAAUUGAGUACUACAGAAAAUUUAAAACUGCAGAAAAUCUUGCAUUACAAGAAAAAUUUUGUGACCAAGUUAUCAAAGCCUGCGAAGGAGUAAAACGACCCACACAAGAUAGUGAGAUGAAACCUCAUGGAUUUUCUAUGAAUCAAGCUAAUGAAAAAUUACAAAAUGCGGCAGGCAACAAUUUUAAGCCGAUAGAAUCAGAAGUGGAAGCAACUUUGGAGAAACCAAUGGAAUUAACUACACCCGUCCCUCAUGAGGAAUUAUAAUGCAUUAAUUGCACUAGUCUGGCAUUUCUCAUUGUAAUCGACAUUUUCUUUCAGCAUUAAAAUCCUUCAUAUGUAUUAUUUUUUGACUUGUUAAUCUAUCACUAUGUAUAAUGUCCAUAUUAA